AACACAUGGUUUGCCAAAUUGGUAUAUUUCUCUUGUAAUAAAAAACUAAUGGUGCAAACAACAGGUUCGAUACAAGAUGUCAUAUUCGAAUUAUUCGUAUAA